AUGAUGGAGACGGCGGCCUCCCCGCUGGGGCACCAGGAGCCUACUGCUAAUGGCAUAUCUCCCUCCUCCCUCGUCAUGAUCGACCCCGACAAGGUGGUACAGCACCUUGCUGCCAUUGUCACCAUAGCCCUCGGAGCAUCGCGCCAGGAUCUAGAAAGAGAAGGGAACCUGCUGUCCACUGAAAACUAUGCAGACACCGUUCAGCGAUGCACGCGCUUCGCAAGUGACUCGCAGGUCGCACUAUACAUCCAGAAGGAAAUUGUUUCAAGCCUAGAUCUAGACUUAGCAGACGGACCGUUGGACAACGUUCCUGUUCUAUACUCGUAUACAAUCACGUCCGAAAUCUCGGCUGCCCCAACCAUCGCAGCUUACCUCGCUCUCCUCAAACGUCCCCAUGCCAUCGACCCCUCGCUGCCUUUGACUUCGCAGAUCCAGAUUCAGACCUUGCCCGGCGCCGCCUCUCUCAGUAAUGUCGUUGCCGACCAAGGACCUUCCGCUUCGCCUUUCGAGAUCCUUCAUACUAUUGUUCAUAAUGCUCUGGCUCCUUACUUUGACGCCAGCACAAAGUCCACCCAGUCCGCGAGCGGAACGAGGAGAGCAGAUGUUGAUGCAAAGACGGGCAUCCCCGUCACCAAGAAGCGUCUGACCGAGCUCGAACUCAGUUUGUUGCAUCUUCAGCAGAAUGUUGAAAUCCCCGAGCUGCUCCUGCCUUUCCAUCCCGACGUACAGUCCGUUCUAGACAGUGCUGCUGCUCAAGGCACACGACCAUCCACCGACAUGAUACCAGCGUUCAAGCUCUCCGAUAGCACAUUCAUGAACAACCUUCAAUCCACAGUCAACAACUGGAUCAAGCAGAUCCAGAGCAUUACCAAGAUGACGAGAGACCCAGUUACCAGGACUGCCACCCAAGAGAUCAACUUUUGGCUGUCCAUGGAGUCCGCUCUAGAAGGCAUCGAGCAGCAACUGCGGAGCGAGGGCGUGACAUUGACCCUCGAGAUCCUCAAGCAUGCGAAACGCUUCCAAGCCACUGUCAGUUUCUCCUCAGAUACGGGGCUGAAAGAAGCCAUGGACACGGUGCAGAAGUAUAACCAACUAAUGCGGGACUUCCCCCUCGACGACCUCCUAUCUGCCACGUCUCUUUCAAAGGUCAAUGUUGCAAUCGUUCAGAUCUUUGGUCACAUGAACAGAAAGAUGAGGUUUAGUAACUAUCCCAUCAAGCGUACUCUAGAUCUUGUCGAGGCUAUCUCAGCCGACCUCAAGGAGGUCAUGCACCGCCUGUUACCAGGUACGGACCUAGUCAACUUGGAAUAUGACGAUUUCAAAGCCCUCAUGGGGACUGCCGAGGACAUAUUCCAGGGAUGGGAUGCCCAAAUCAAGGAAUUCACCAAUAUCGCACGUGAAACUACCAGAAGGCGGCAAGAAAAGUUCAUUCCAAUCAAGAUCAAUCCGCGUCAUAGUGAUUUGCAAGCACGACUCAAGUACAUUGCCACAUUCCGAGAGAACCACGAGCAACUUCAACAGACUAUCGUCAUCGUUCUGGGGCCCAAAGCAACUGUCAAUGGCGCCGAGCCGCCCACAAACGGUGCUGUUCUGACAGAGGAGCUGGGCGAUGUGGAUGCUGUUCAGGAGGUGAAGCAAGCUUGGGAUGCCUUGAAGAACGUCGACCUGUUAGAUGUGUCUGAAGAAGGCACGCAGCGCUGGGCGCGCGCUGAGAACACUUACAACGAGCGAACGACGCGUGUAGAAAACUCCAUCAUUGCAAGAUUGCGUGAUCGCCUUGCAACCGCGAAAAAUGCCAAUGAAAUGUUCCGGGUCUUUUCCCAAUUCAACGCGCUCUUUGUGCGACCCAAGAUUCGAGGUGCCAUUGCCGAGUAUCAGAAUCAGCUCAUCGAAAAUGUCAAGCAGGCCAUUUCAGCACUUCAUGAAAGGUUCAAACAACAAUAUGGACACUCUGAGGCUCACGCGAUGGCCCAAUUGCAUGACUUGCCGCCAGUAUCAGGCGCCAUCAUCUGGGCCAGACAGAUUGAGCGCCAACUAGAUGGUUAUAUGAGGAAGGUGGAAGAUAUCCUGGGCUCCGAAUGGAUCCACCAUACAGAAGGCCAAAAGCUGCAAACAGAAAGCGAUCUGUUCAGGAAGAAGUUGAAUACCCAGGCAAUCUACAAGGCAUGGAUCGAAGAUGUUCUUCGGAAGAACAUAACCAUUUCCGGCCGCUUGUUCAACAUUAAUAAGAUUCGGUCAGCAAACAAUGCGCUGGACCUUUCCGUCAACUUCGAUGCUCAGAUCAUCACUCUGUUCAAGGAGACUCGAAAUCUUGGAUGGCAAAAUUUCAAUGUACCUCAUUCCGUGACCAACACUGCCAAGGAUGCCAAACGAGUUUACCCUUUUGCCGUCAGCUUGAUGGAAAGUGUUCGAACAUUUGCACAAACUUCGCGCCAGAUCUCCGAGAUGGCUGAAGUUUCCAUCUUAUUGGGAGGAUAUCAACAGGAUGUCCACAGUCUGAUCGAGAAAGGCGUUCCUCUCAAAUGGGGAUCGUUUCUGGACGCAUGGGACGUUCACAUGAGGCAGCAUCUUCCCAACGGUACCUUGGAACAUGCCCUUGGCAGAAACAAUGCUGGCACGAAGCACGUUCAGUUUGUGCGUGAUUUUGCCACUGCCGCAUCCAUAUUGCAGUCCAAGACUAUUGCGUUGGCGUCCAUCUAUGCCACAGUCCAAAAUGCGCUGAAGGAACUAGCAACGUGCCCGUACGAAGCUACCGAGUUCGAGAAGCGCCUUCAAACUAUCCAGUCAGCUGUUGAUCAACUAAAUUUGGAGCAGUAUGUGAAUCUCGGCUAUUGGGUCGAACGUAUGAAUGAGCGCAUCAAGUCGACCCUUCUUGUGCGCCUGCAAGAAGCCACCGGUCGCUGGGUGGCCGCCUUUGAAGACGAGAGUGCUGGCGAGGAGUCUUCUCGCCGCAAGACAUUAGUGCCACCCGGCGAGCCACUGAAGUCAGAUUCGCCAGUGAUGAGGGGGAUCGUCCAUGAAAUCACAAUGCGAAACCAAGUCAUCUACUUGGACCCCCCGCUCGAAUUUGCUCGAGCGAAUUGGUUCUUGCAACUCCACGAUUGGCUCGGAAUAGUCUGCAACCUCCCAAAAAUCAAGGCAUCCCGAUACCAGAUGACGCUCACGUUGAGCACCGCAGCUCCCGAAGAUGCUCGUUUCACAGACCUACCUGGCGACUGCACCGAAAUUCUGUCGACUGUCUAUGUGUCCAUCGAGAAGAAGCUCUCAAACAUCAGUGCGUAUGUCGACAAGUGGUUGCAGUUUCAGUCUCUAUGGGAUUUGCAGUCGGAGCACGUCUAUGACUUGCUUGGAGAACAGCUUUCCAAGUGGUUGCAGCUACUACAGGAGAUUCGCAAGUCUCGUGCCACUUUUGAUACCACAGAGGUUAGCAGGUCUUUUGGUCGGGUUACAAUUGAUUACGAGCAGGUUCAAACGAAAGUCAACGCCAAGUACGACCAGUGGCAGCACGAGAUCCUGGUCAAAUUCGGCAAUAGACUAGGUGGUCGGAUGAGGGAAGUCCAUGGCGAGAUCGAGAAGUCUCGUCGGGAUCUGGAAGGGCAAGGCCUGGACGCAUCAUCAACCGCUCAAGCCGUCCAAUUCAUCACCAUCGUGCAGAAUUGCAAGCGUAACGUCAAAGUCUGGGCCCCCGAAGUUGAAGUCUUCAGACAAGGACAGCAGAUGCUUUACCGCAACCGUUACCAGUUUCCCAAUGACUGGCUAGAUAUACAACAGGUUGAAAAUUUGUGGGAUGCUCUUAACGACCUACUCGCCAGAAAGGUGAAGAUUGUUGACGAUCAGAGUGAUGCUAUCAAGGCAAAGAUCCUAGCCGAGGACCAGAUUGUUACAGGCAAGAUCGCUGACAUUGCAACGGACUGGAAUAACGACAAACCGGUCUCUGGCACCAUUGCCCAUGGCAAGGCCACCGAAACACUCAACAGUUUCGAGUCUCGUGCCAACAAAUUACAAGAAGAUUUCGCCAUGGUAUCCAAGGCCAAGGAAUCUCUCGACCUUCCACCCAGUCCUGAAACCUCACUUUCGGAAAUUCUGGCAGAAAUCGAAGAUUUCAAGUCGGUGUGGUCGAACCUGUCCACGAUCUGGAACAGCCUGAAUGAACUGGGCGAUAGUCCAUGGGCAAGCGUGCAGCCACGGAAACUCAGAUCAGCCAUCAAUGGCUUGAUAGAGACCACCAAAAACUUGCCGAGCAGAAUGCGGCAGUACGCUGCAUAUGAGCAUAUGCAGACCGUCCUGAAACAGCAUGUCAAGGCUACCUCUAUCAUCAGUGAUCUCAAAUCUGAUGCGAUCAAGGAGAGGCAUUGGGAAAAGCUUUGGAAAGACCUCAAGCCCGGUCGACGCUAUUCCCCGUCCUCCACGACGCUCGAUGAUAUCUGGCAGUUGAACCUUGUCGCUAGUGAGGUCAUCAUCAGGGACGUCAUCACUCAAGCACAGGGUGAGAUGGCCCUCGAAGAGUUUAUGAAGCAGGUCAAGGAUCAUUGGGAAACCUAUGAGCUGGAUCUUACAAACUAUCAAAACAAGUGCCGUCUUCUUCGAAAAGAUUGUCACGACGACAUGAUGACAAAAUCAGGCGAACACCUCAACUCAUUGCAGGCCAUGAAGCACUCACCGUAUUACAAGACCUUUGAGGUAGAAGCCGAUAUAUGGGAGACCAGGAUGAAUGAGAUCGGCGUUCUGCUUGAUGUCUUCCAGAAAGUUCAGCAGAAAUGGGUAUACCUCGAGGGAGUUUUCACUGGCAGUGCAGAUAUUAAGCAUCUCUUGCCAAACGAGACCAGAAAGUUUGAUAACCAGAGCAGCCAGUUUCACAACAUUCUGAAAGCAAUCGCCCGGAGGCCUCUGAUUCUUGACGUUUUGCGAAUUGAAAACGUGGAGCCUAGACUCCGACAGGUUGAAGAAGCGCUCAACUCUGUUUCCAGUGGUCUUGAAGCAUAUCUGGAGAAGGAGAGAGCCUCUUUCCCACGAUUCUAUUUCGUCGGAAACGACGACCUUCUUGAGAUGAUUGGCAACAGCAAUGAGACCUUGCGCAUCACUAAGCAUUUCAAGAAAAUGUUUGCUGGCAUUAACAACCUCAUCAUGGACGACGAGACCACCAUCACGGGUUUCACUUCCAAGGAAGGCGAGGUGGUUCACCUGAAAAAGAGUAUCUCCCUGACCAAAACCCCAAAGAUCAACGACUGGCUUGCACUUUUGGAGACUGGCAUGAAAUAUACACUUGCCGAGCUGCUCGCUGAAGCCAUUGACUCAUACUCGCCAAUCUUCCGUUCCGAUGAGGUUGAUGCAGCUCUUCUCGAUGCCUUUAUCGAAACAUAUCCCAGCCAAAUCGUGGUUCUCGCCACCCAGGUUGUUUGGACAACCGCAGUAGAGAAGUCUCUGAGCGAAGGUGGGCAGGAUCUUCAACCUCUUCGCGAACGAGAGAUUGAACUUCUACGCCUGCUCGCCGAUACGGUGCUCGGUGAUCUGCCAAUCAUUCAGAGAAAGAAGUGCGAAGCACUGAUUACCAAUUACGUGCACCAACGCGACAUCAUCGACAAGCUGAUCAAGUCUAAUGUCAGCUCUGCAAGUCACUACCUGUGGUCACUUCAAAUGCGAUACGCCUAUACACCCGAGGGCGAUCAUAUCCAGCGUCUUCUCAUCAAAAUGGCGAAUGCAACUCUCAAUUACGGCUUUGAAUAUCUAGGUAUUCCAGACAGAUUGGUUCGUACACCAUUGACGGACAGAUGUUUCCUUACCAUGACACAAGCUCUCUGCCAGAGACUUGGAGGUUCACCCUACGGUCCUGCUGGUACUGGAAAAACUGAGUCCGUCAAGGCCCUUGGUGUCGAGCUUGGUCGUUUCACGCUGGUUUUCUGUUGUGACGACACGUUCGAUGAUGGCGCGAUGGGCAGAAUUUUCCUUGGCCUCUGCCAAGUUGGCGCAUGGGGUUGUUUUGACGAGUUCAACCGUCUCGAAGAGAGAAUAUUGUCUGCUGUGUCCCAGCAAAUCCAGGACAUUCAGCUUGGCCUGAAGCACGAGUCCAUGGUCAAACUCAAGGACGACUCUGCGCCCAUUUUAGUCAAUACUAAUAGUGGUAUUUUCAUUACCAUGAACCCAGGCUACGCUGGACGUUCGAACCUGCCAGAUAAUCUCAAAAAGCUAUUCCGCAGUGUUGCCAUGUCCAAGCCCGACAAGGAGCUUAUUGCUGAGGUCAUGCUCUACUCGCAGGGCUUUAAGCAGGCCAAGCAGCUGUCCAAGCAAGUUGUGCCAUUCUUCGAUCGGUGCAAAGUCAAGUUGGAAGCGGAGUCUCACUACGACUUCGGUCUACGUGCUCUGAAGAGCGUACUCGUGAGCUCAGGUGGUCUCAAGCGGGCGCGCAUCGUUGGCAGCGAAGGGGAGAUAGGUGCCGAAGAAGUUGUGGAGCCCGAAAUCAUUGUCCAGAGCAUACGCGAGACUGUUGCGCCAAAACUCCUACAAAAAGAUGUAUCCGUUAUGGAGUCUGUCGAGGCAGACUGCUUCCCUGGUGUAGAGUAUGUGCCUGGAGAAAUGGGCAAGCUGGAAGAAGCGAUCCGAAACCUUGCAGCAGAGAGAAACCUCGUGGUAGGCGAUGCUUGGAUGACCAAAAUCAUUCAACUCUACCAAAUCCAGAACAUUCAUCAUGGUGUGAUGAUGGUUGGAAGUUCUGGGUCUGGCAAAUCUGUUGCAUGGAGGUUACUUCUCGAUGCCCUCAAAACAGCUGAAGGCGUUCAGGGUGUUUAUCAUGUCAUUGAUUCCAAGGUCAUGUCUAAAGAAGCCCUGUAUGGUGUCCUUGACCCGACUACGCGUGAAUGGACUGACGGUCUGUUCACGAGCAUUUUGCGUGCAAUCAUUGACAACCUGCGCGGAGAAGAUGCCAAACGUCACUGGAUCGUCUUUGAUGGUGAUGUUGAUCCAGAAUGGGUCGAGAACCUGAACUCUGUCCUUGAUGACAAUAAGCUCUUGACACUACCCAAUGGUGAGCGUCUAAAUCUUCCUCAAAACGUGCGUGUCAUGUUCGAGGUUGAGCACCUCAAACAUGCCACCCCUGCGACAGUCAGUCGCUGUGGCAUGGUUUGGUUCAGUGAAGAUGUUGUGACGACCAACAUGAUGGUGACACACUACCUUGAAGGGCUUCGCAACAAAGCCUUCGACAAUCUGGAUGAGGACAUCCUGGUCGAUAUAAGCAGCACGCAAACUCUGGCACUACAGAAGCAAGUGGCUGAUUUGCUUGGUGAUUUCAUGACUACGGAUAGCUUCAUCCACGCAGCUCUGAAAGAAGCCGGCGGCUACAAUCACAUCAUGCUGUUCACUACCACACGAGUAAUGUCGACAUUAUUCUCGUUACUGAACAAGGCUACUCGCAAUAUCAUUGAAUACAAUGCUCAACAUAGCGACUUCCCCCUAGACUCUGAACAGAUAGAGGCAUACGUGGCAAAGAAACUUCUGCUUGCUUUAGUCUGGGCCUUCACAGGUGACUGUCCUCUGGUUGAUCGGAAAGCUUUCGGAGAUCAGAUUGCUAAUCUGGCACGUUUCGGAACGCCGCCUCUCGACGGCGCUAGCUCGCUCAUCGAUUUCGAUGUCUCCUUACCGCGGGCAGAAUGGAUUUCUUGGCAAAGCCAAGUGCCAAACAUCGAAGUCAACACUCACUCCAUUGUCCAGACUGACGUGGUUAUUCCUACCCUCGACACCGUGCGUCAUGAAGAUGUGCUCUACUCCUGGCUUGCCGAUCACAAGCCGCUUCUGCUCUGUGGUCCUCCUGGUUCAGGAAAGACAAUGACCUUAUUCAAUGCACUGCGUAAGCUGCCAAACAUGGAAACCGCCGAUCUUAACUUUUCAAGUGCUACGACUCCUGACCUGAUCAUCAAAACCUUUGACCAGCGCUGUGAGUAUAAGAAGACUGUCCACGGUGUGGUUCUGUCGCCAAGACAGACAGGCAAAUGGCUUGUCGUCUUCUGCGACGAGAUCAACUUGCCUGCUCAGGAUCGGUACGGCACACAACGAGCGAUCUCGUUCCUUCGGCAGCUGGUCGAACAUAAUGGUUUCUGGAGAACAAAAGACAAAUCAUGGGUAACGCUCGACAGGAUCCAAUUUGUCGGUGCUUGCAACCCGCCGACGGACGUAGGUCGUACGCCUCUCACUCCAAGAUUCCUCAGACAUGCGCCUUUGAUCAUGGUUGAUUAUCCUGGUGAGAUAUCUCUAAACCAAAUUUAUGGUACUUUCCUUAGCGCUGUUCUCAAAACUCAAAACUCGCUUCGUGGAUACUCUGAUCAGCUUACGCAAGCCAUGGUACGGUUCUAUUUGGAGUCUCAACAAAAGUUCACCGCGAAGGACCAACCCCACUAUGUCUAUAGUCCACGUGAGCUGACGAGAUGGUCCCGUGGUAUAUACGAAGCCAUUCAGCCGCUUGAUACGCUAGACCUCGAAGGACUGAUCCGUGUUUGGGCCCACGAAGCGCUGCGCCUCUUCCAAGAUCGUUUGGUUACAGAAGCUGAGCGACAAUGGACGGAAGAGGCGGUUAAGCGAAUUGCCCUCCAAUUCUUUCCCAACAUCGACGAGCAGAAGGCACUUGGUGGCCCUAUCCUGUUCUCAAAUUGGAUCAAAAGGCAAUAUGUGCCCGUUGACCGAGAGGAACUACGCGAACAUGUCAAAGAGCGUUUCAAGAAUUUCUGUGAGGAGGAAGUUGAUACGCCGCUUGUGCUAUUUAAUGAAGUGCUCGAACAUGUCUUACGAAUCGAUCGAGUGUUCCGACAGCCACAAGGGCAUCUCAUCCUCAUUGGUGUCAGUGGAAGUGGAAAGACAACACUAGCUCGGUUCGCCGCCUGGAUGAACGGUUUGCAGGUCUUUCAAAUCAAGGUCCAUGGAAAAUAUUCUGCGGGGGAUUUCGAUGAUGAUCUGCGGGAUGUUCUUCGUCGCUGUGGUGCCAAAGGCGAGAAAAUCUGCUUUAUCAUGGAUGAAUCGAAUGUCUUGGACUCGGGUUUCCUCGAGAGAAUGAACACUUUGCUCGCCAACGCCGAAGUGCCUGGGCUUUUCGAAGGAGACGAAUAUGCAACUCUGAUGACCGCCUGCAGAGAAGGUGCACAAAAAGAUGGCCAGGUCCUUGAUUCCAACGACGAGCUCUACAAGUGGUUCACCGGGCAGAUUGUGAAGAACUUGCACGUCGUGUUCACCAUGAAUCCUCCCGAGGAGGGUCUAUCGUCAAGGGCUGCCACCAGUCCUGCACUGUUCAAUCGUUGUGUACUCAACUGGAUGGGAGACUGGUCCGACGAGGCCUUUUUCCAGGUCGGAAAGGAAUUGACGACGUCGGUUGACCUUGACAAGCCCGACUUCGUUUCUGCUGAUGGCGUGCCGGUGGCUUACCGUGAUCUGGAACUUCCUGCUUCGCACCGGGAUACCGUGGUCAACUCGAUGGUCUACAUCCAUCAUUCACUACACCGAUUCAAUCACCGCUUGCGUACACAACAGAACAGAACGAACUUCUUGACGCCUCGCCACUUCCUUGAUUUCGUAACACAAUACGUGAACCUGUACAGUGAGAAGCGAGAUGAGCUCGAGGAACAGCAGCGACAUCUCAACAUUGGUCUUGACAAGCUCAACCAUACUGUCCAGGAAGUCGGAGAAUUGGAUAGCGAAUUAACGAAAAACCGGACUGUACUCGAACAGAAAAAGCUGUUGGCGACUGAAACAAUCCAGAAGGUAGGAGUGGCCACCCACGAAGCUGAGAAGAGCCGAGAACUUACGGAGGCUAUCCGGAUACAACUCGAGGAGAAGACGAGAGCAAUAGAAGAACGGAAACGUAAAGUCGACAGGGACUUGUUGGAUGCGUUGCCUGCCGUCGAGAAGGCAAAGGAGGCUGUACAAGGUAUCAAGAAGAAAAACCUGACUGAGGUGCAAUCGUUCGCCAAUCCACCCCCCCUGAUCAAGAAUGUUAUUGCUGUGGUCAUGAUCAUGUUUGGGCAAAGCGCCGCGCAAGCAGAGGACUGGCAGCAAUGCAAGAGUCUUUUGCGCCAGGGCGACUUCCAGAGCAGAGUAAUGAGUUAUGAUGCGGAAAGGCAACUGACGAAAAAGAUGAAACAAGCUGUAACCCAGAAGUACAUGAGUGAUGCCAAAUUCACUGUUGAUGCGGCCAUGAAUGCCAGUUCUGCCUGUGGUCCAUUACUGCAGUGGGCUGUGGCACAGAUUACAUACUCGGAUCUGUUGGAAAAGAUAGGCCCCCUGCGGUCAGAAGUCGAGCAGCUUGAGUCGCAAUUAGUGGAAACCCAGUGCCAACAUCAAGAAGCUAAGGAACAACUCAUGCACCUUCAGAAGAAGCAGGAGCAGCUUGCUUCUGAAUUUUCGCAAUUGAACGCCAAUAUUACAAAAAUCGAAAGCGAAACGCAAAUCGUUGGGAAAAAGCUUCAGCGAAGUAGGGCACUUAUCGACAAUCUUUCCGCCGAAAGAUCACGAUGGAACGAGUCUAGCAGAUCUUUCGAAACUCAGCUAAGCACCUUGGUGGGCGAUGUCUUGCUUGCAGCUGCUUUUGCUGCAUACGGAGGCUUAUACGAUCAAGUAUUCCGCAAAUCGAUGAUGGAUGAGUGGUCGGAACAGCUCUCAGCAUCUGGCCUCAAGUACAAACAAUCAAACCCGAUGACCGAAUACCUCUCUACGGCCGAUGAGCGCUUGCGUUGGCAAGCAAACGGCUUGCCUGUCGAUGAUCUUUGCACCGAAAACGCCAUUAUGCUCAAGCGUCACAAUCGAUAUCCACUCAUCAUCGAUCCUUCGGGCGGAAUGAGCGAGUUCCUAUCGAAAGAAUCCAAUGACCGUCGGCUUACUGUUACCAGCUUCUUGGAUGCCAAUUUUACCAAACAGCUCGAGAGUGCCAUUCGUUUUGGUAACCCUAUUCUGAUUCAGGAUGCAGAGCAUUUGGAUCCAGUCCUGAAUCCUGUCCUAAACAGGGAAUACCAGCGAACAGGAGGACGUGUCUUGAUCCAGCUCGGAAAGCAACAGAUUGAUUUUUCGCCAGCGUUCAAACUUUAUCUCUCCACCAGGGAUCCGUCAGCAUUAUUCCCGCCAGAUAUUUGCAGUCGCACAACCUUUGUCAACUUCACUGUCACCCCAAGCAGUCUUCAAACUCAGUCCCUUGAUCAGGUGUUGAAGUCAGAGCGGCCUGAUGUAGACGAGAAGCGGUCCAACUUCAUCAAGGCUGAGGGUGAAUACAAGGUCAAACUUCGAAAGCUCGGCAACGAUCUUCUGCAGACACUCAAUGAAUCACAGGGUAAACUCCUUGAAAAUGAUUCGGUCAUCAGCAAGUUAGAAACCCUCAAAAAGGAGUCCGAUGAGAUCACUGAGAAGAUGAACAAUACCGAAGGACUAGCGGCGGAGCUGGAGGGAACCACACGUCAAUACAACAUUGUCGCCGAGUCUUGCAGCGCCAUUUUCGCUGUGCUAGACCAGUUGCACAACGUGGACCGCUUUUAUCAAUUCUCUUUGCAGUAUUUCCUCGACAUAUUCACGAAAGUUCUCCGCGAGAACGACAACUUGGCUAAGGAGCCAAAGGCGAACUACGAAGGCCGCCGAAAGAUCAUUGUCGGAGACUUGUUUGUUCAUACCUUCAAACAGACUGCCCUCAGUCUCUUUCAAAAGCAUCUCAUUAUCUUUGCUUUGCUUCUCGUCCGAGCCGCGCCAAAAGAGCUAUAUCCCAUGGAUAAAGACUUGAUUGACUUGGUUCUGAGCGAUAGAAUCGAGAGCAACGACUUAUCGAUUGGUAGCAACAACAAGGAUGAAAUUUUCGCACGAACAAACGCGAUCCAUGUAUUCCGUGGUAAGCUUGAUCAGAUCGAGACUGAUGCGUGGGACAAAUUCCUUGUAGAAGAAGAGGCCGAAAAGUACAUUCCACAAGCAUGGGGUUCUGACAUUAGUCCCCACAACCAAGGCUUAUUGUCUCUCAUUCUGGUCAAGAUUUUCCGCGUUGACCGGUUUGUACCAGCUGCAGAACUAUUCGUGACUUCGGUCUUCGGAUCUGGCUUCUUCGACAUCACAGAGGAUCUGAAGCAGACAACAGAACAACUAAAACUGGGCACGCCAAUAUCACUUGUUUCGACCCGUGGAUUCGAUGCCAGCUACAAGGUCGACAAUCUCGUUCAACGAAAGGGCAUUUCCUGCACCAAUGUUGCCAUGGGUUCCAAAAAGUCACAAGACGUCGCCGACAAGGCUAUCGCCGAUGCCGCUGCCAAUGGACGCUGGGUGCUGAUCAAGAACGUUCACCUGACACCAGAUUGGUUACAGUCCCUAGAGAAGAGGCUUGAGUCCAGGAGGCCACAUCCCGACUUCAGGCUCUUCUUAUCGAUGGAAGCUCAGCCCAAAAUCCCAGUCAAUUUCCUGAGAGCGUCUCGGAUUCUUAUGAACGAGCAACCCGCCGGUGUCAAAGCAAAUAUGAAAGACACGAUGACCUCGAUUACCGACAGAGCCACCAAGGACCCGCGUGAGAGGACUCGUGUGUACUUCCUGUUGUCGUUCUUGCAUGCUGUUAUCCAGGAACGUCUACGCUAUGCACCAAUGGGUUGGAAACAAUUCUGGGAAUUUAACGAUUCUGACUACGAAUGCUCCGCUUUCAUCAUAGACACCUGGAUCGAACAAGCCGCCCAGAACCGCUCCAAUAUCGACCCCAAGAAUAUUCCAUGGGACAUGAUACGCAGUCUCGUGCGCAUCACGUACGGUGGCAAGAUUGAUGACGAUGGCGACUACCAAGUCUUGGACGAUCUGGUGAAUGGAAUUCUGCUGCCGAAUGCUUUCGAGCAUGACCACAGGCUUGUCAGGGACACCGAAGGUGACGAACUCGUUGUGCCUAGUGACAGCAGUCUUCAGGCGUUCCUUGCUUGGAUCAAUAAAUUGCCUGAGCGCGAGCCACCCACUUAUCUGGGUCUACCAGCCAAUGCCGAAAAGCUCUUGCUUGCUGCUCAAAGCAAGGAAGUUAUCAACCAGACCAGAACCAUUGGCGAGAAGCUUGAGGAAGGAGAGCAGAUCAUGGAUGAGGAUAAGACCAGAGGUCAAGAAAUUGCGGCAUAA